UGGGUAAUCGGUAAUAAUCUCUAAAUCUAAGCCCUUUUCCGUGGUCCCUCACUACUAAACGCCCUGUCCUUGUAGCUUUCUCUCUCUUCUCCACUGUACUACUGUGAGCGUGCUUUCUUCUUCCCCUUUCUUGCAGUUCACUGGUUUCUCACUCUGCCGUGCUCUUCCAGAAUGCUGCUCCGGCCGGUGAAUUACGCAGGGACUCUGGUCCUCGUCGUGGUGCUGAUCGUUUCUGUAACCGCCGUUUACGCGCACAACAUCACGCGCAUUCUGGCCAAGCAUCCGGAGUUUUCUACUUUUAACCAUUACUUAACCCUCACACACUUGGCUCCGGAGAUCAACGGCAAGACCACCAUCACCGUCUGCGCCGUUGAUAAUGCCGCGAUGAACGAGCUGCUUGCUAAACACCUCUCAAUUUACACAAUUAAGAACAUUCUCUCCCUGCAUGUUCUUCUUGAUUACUUUGGGGCCAAGAAGCUCCACCAGAUCACCAACGGCACUGCAUUGGCCGCCACGAUGUUUCAAGCCACGGGGACUGCUCCUGGAUCCUCUGGAUUCGUAAACAUUACGGAUCUCAAAGGCGGCAAGGUCGGGUUCGGCGCGGAGAACAACGGCGGCACUCUGUCAGCGCAUUUUGUCAAAUCUGUGGAGGAGAUUCCGUACAAUAUCUCUAUAAUUCAGAUUAGCAAUGUUCUUCCGUCUGGAGCAGCGGAAGCGCCUACACCAGCACCCAGUCAACAAAAUAUCACGGCUAUUAUGUCCAAGCAUGGAUGUAAAGUUUUCGCCGACACGCUUUUGGCCUCCGAUGCUGAACAGACCUAUGUGGACAAUUUGGACGGCGGAUUAACGGUUUUCUGUCCGAUGGAUGAUGUGUUCAAAUCGUUCUUGCCGAAGUUCAAAAACUUGACAGCGUCAGGAAAGACAGCGUUACUCUUGUACCACGGCGUACCGGUGUACCAGUCACUUUCGAUGUUGAAGUCCAACAAUGGACUCCAAAACACGUUGGCUACCGACGGAGCUAACAAGUACGACUUCACGGUGCAGAACGACGGCGAAGAGGUAACGCUGAAGACCAAGGUUACGACGGCGAAAAUCACCGGUACUCUAAUCGACGAGCAGCCUCUGGCAAUAUACACAAUCAACAAGGUUUUGCUGCCCCCGGAGCUGUUCAAGGCGGAGGCUCCCACCCCAUCUCCAGCACCGGCACCCGAGCCUGCUGCGGCCGACGCACCGGCAUCACCGAAGAGUAAGAAGAAGAAGGCAGCACCAGCACCGGCAGAUUCGGACGCACCGGCAGAUUCGCCAGAUGACGCUGCUGAUCAGACGGCAGACGACAAUGGUGCCGUCAGAUUUGACGGCGCAACUCACAUUUCCUUCAUAGUAGCUUCGAUUUUCGGGUUUCUACUUGUGUAGGAUCUGGAACAAUAUUUGACCCUACAGAAAACUUGGUAUCCUGGUAUGUUUGUUUUCAUCUUCCGCCUACUUUUGUUAGCUCUAGGGUUUUAUUUAGAAAAUAAAGUAAAAGGCCUCCUUUGGUUUGGGUAAAUUACUUGUUGUCUUUUUCUUUUUUUUUUCCUCAAGUGUGUUUUUUGAUUUAACUGUUUAUAAUUUGUAAUUUUGGUGGUGAGCUAGCCAGAAGAAAAUAUAUACCUGCCUGGGUGUAUUGUAAUUUGUAACUUGAACUUUGCUUCUUCUUCUUCUUUUUAAUUAUUGAUUGCGAGCUGGUGAUUGGCUGA